GUGCUAGCUAGCUGCAAGCCUGAAAGCACCAGCUGAACUACGAAACCUUGGCGCACGCGGACAAUUUAACAUCUUCACGAUCAGAGCACCAAGCGUAUCAGGCCCCUGCUCGCGAGCGUCCGGGCCACCACCACACCUGCGAAGACAAUGGAGACCGUCGCGGCGGCGAGCUACGCCGGCAAGGCCACCGGCGCCACGCGCUCCCCGGCCUGCUGCGCCGCCAUGUCCUUCUCGCAGUCGUACAGGCCAAAGGCGUCCAGGCCGCCGACGACGUUCUACGGCGAGUCGGUGCGGGUGAACACGGCGCGGCCGCUCGCGGCGAGGCAGACCAAGGCGGCGAGCCGGGCGGCGCUCAGCGCCCGGUGCGAGAUCGGCGACAGCCUGGAGGAGUUCCUGACCAAGGCGACGCCGGACAAGAACCUCAUCAGGCUGCUCACCUGCAUGGGGGAGGCCAUGAGGACGAUCGCGUUCAAGGUGCGGACGGCGUCCUGCGGCGGCACGGCCUGCGUCAACUCCUUCGGCGACGAGCAGCUCGCCGUCGACAUGCUCGCCAACAAGCUCCUCUUUGAUGCUCUGGAGUACUCCCAUGUGUGCAAGUAUGCUUGCUCUGAGGAAGUCCCCGAGCUGCAAGACAUGGGUGGCCCAGUUGACGGUGGUUUCAGCGUUGCGUUCGAUCCCCUUGACGGUUCCAGCAUUGUCGACACCAACUUCACCGUCGGAACCAUCUUCGGUGUCUGGCCCGGCGACAAGCUGACGGGAGUCACCGGCGGCGACCAGGUCGCCGCUGCGAUGGGCAUCUACGGCCCCCGCACGACCUACGUCAUCGCCCUCAAGGACUGCCCUGGGACACACGAGUUCCUCCUCCUCGACGAAGGUAAAUGGCAGCAUGUCAAGGACACCACCUCCAUUGGGGAGGGGAAGAUGUUCUCUCCUGGUAAUUUGAGGGCAACAUUUGACAACCCUGACUACGACAAGCUCAUCAACUACUACGUCAAGGAGAAGUACACAUUGCGUUACACUGGAGGAAUGGUUCCAGAUGUCAACCAGAUCAUAGUGAAGGAGAAGGGCAUCUUCACCAACGUGACGUCCCCGUCCGCCAAGGCCAAGCUGCGGCUCCUCUUCGAGGUGGCGCCGCUGGGGUUCUUGAUCGAGAAGGCCGGCGGGCACAGCAGCGACGGCAAGCAGUCGGUGCUGGACAGGGUGAUCAACGAGCUCGACGAGCGCACCCAGGUGGCCUACGGCUCCAAGAACGAGAUCAUCCGGUUCGAGGAGACACUCUACGGCUCGUCCAGGCUCACCGCCGGCGCCACCGUCGGCGCGGCCGCCUAGGUUUUUGCUGCGAUGUGUGCAAGCCGUGCCACCAUUUUGGAUCCAUCUGGUGACGCCUAUACAGAUGAGCUUGUAGAACUCUCCUGCAAAGUAAUUUUUGUAUACAGUUUGUGUGCAUGCAUGCAUGGCAUGGCAACCA